UACGAUUUCUAUCCCAAAAAAUUAACUAAAACAAGUCACCAGUAAAAAUGGAGAAAGUUGGAAGCAAGAAACUAGCAGUCUUAGUAGGGUGCAACUAUGCAAACACACCAAAUGAGUUGCAUGGUUGCAUAAAUGAUGUGUUAGCCAUGAGACAAGUGCUCAUAGAUCGACUGGGGUUCGAGCCAUGCAACAUCCAACUCCUAACCGAUGCAACUGACUCCCUCGUCAUGCCUACAGGUGCAAAGAUAAAAGAGGUACUUAACCAUAUGGUUGAUCAGGCUCAACCUGGUGAUGUCCUUUAUUUUCACUAUAGUGGUCAUGGCACACGUAUUCCUUCAAACAGACGCACACGCCCUUUUCAUCUUGACGAAGCCAUAGUACCUUGCGAUUUUAAUCUCAUCACAGAUGUGGAUUUCCGAAAUCUAGUGAAUCGAGUGCCAAAAGGAGCAACUUUCACCAUUCUUUCGGAUUCAUGCCACAGCGGUGGACUAAUCGACAAAGAAAAAGAACAAAUCGGGCCUUCUUCACUCCCACCUUCUUCAACUUCCACCAUCAACAUAACCAAAUCAAAAACCAUCCCUUUUGAAUCAAUUCUACACCAUCUCUCAUCAAUCACAAACAUAAACACAUCUGACAUUGGCACACAUUUGCUCGAGCUUUUCGGGGCCGCUGCAAGUGACAGGUUCUCUUUGCCGUCACACGAACAAGAUUUGAUUCCAUCAUUACAUGAAGAUAAUGGGAUACUGUUAAGUGGGUGCCAAGCAAAUGAGACUUCUGCAGAUAUGAAUCCUCAUGGGGAUGAAGGGAAAGCUUAUGGCGCGUUCAGUAAUGCAGUUCAGAUUGUGUUGAAAGAAAACGCGAAUGAUCUGAGUAACAAAGAAGUUGUGUUGAUGGCUAGAAAUGUGUUGCAGAAACAAGGAUUUGAGCAACACCCUUGUCUGUACAGCAGUGAUGAUCAUGCAAACUCACCAUUCUUGAAACAGAUUUGAAUUAUUUGAUUUGUUUUCAUUAAGGAUUCUGUUUUAUGGGUUGUAUUGAUUGGACCAAGAAGAAAUAAAACGACUCGCAACAUGUACAAGAAAAAUAUCGAAGAAAUUACGAUAAUAUGUAUUUUAUUUUUUUUUAUUAAAGGCACAUUUACUGAUUA